GCCGAUGAGAAAUCUGAUUGGGUCAAAUAAGCCGAGACAAAAAAAAUAGCUACGACUCUACACCACCUAACCCCGUGGGGUUGCUUCCCCGCCUCUCUAACCCUGGUCCAUGGGACAUCUGAUCCAAUUCCCACUAUAAGAUGACCCCCUCCCUCAUGCCCCCGUAGCUACCUCCAGCCUUCCCAACCAACAACAACAAUCAACAGACAAAAUGCCCGGCGGCGCAGUAGGCGGCGUCUCCGUCGUAAACUACGACUACGAACAAGGAAAAUCCUCUCGUGCGAUCCUCAUCGGUCUCUUCGCCGCCUUUGGUGGUAUCCUCUUCGGUUAUGACACCGGUACCAUUUCUGGUAUCAUCGCCAUGAAACCCUGGCUCGCGCAAUUCGGUAAAGCGACGGGCAACCCGGCGGACCCGUAUGCCAUCACCUCAUCGCAGCAAUCCGGGAUCGUGUCAAUCCUCAGUGCCGGAACGUUCUUUGGAGCGCUUCUGGCUGCGGUGGUGGCUGAUUGGAUUGGGAGGAAGUUGGGGAUUAUUGUUAGUUGUUUGGUUUUCGCGUUUGGGGUUGCGUUGCAGACUGCCGCGAGUGGUAUCCCCCUCUUCCUCGCUGGACGAUUCUUUGCCGGGUUCGGCGUGGGAUUGAUCUCGACAUUCGUCCCGAUGUACCAAUCCGAGGCCGCACCCAAAGCUCUCCGAGGUGCCAUCGUCGCAUGCUACCAACUCGCCAUCACGAUCGGUCUCCUCAUGGCCGCACUCGCAAACCAAGGUCAACACAAUAAAUCAGGCUCGUCAUCCUACCGUGUCGUCAUCGCAAUCCAAUUCGCCUGGGCACUCAUCCUCGGUGGGGGAAUGAUGUUUCUACCCGAGACACCCAGAUUCUGGAUCAAGAAAGAUCGUCUCGAGAAAGCCGGAAACUCACUCUCGCGUCUCCGUGGUCUUCCCGCCACCGAUCCCGCAAUCCAAGCCGAGUUGGCCGAGAUCAAGGCGAAUCAUGAUUAUGAGAUGUCUUUCGGUGAGGGAUCCUGGCUCGAUUGCUUUAGGGGUGGGAUGGCGAAGCGGACUUGGACGGGGAUAUGGUUACAAGGAUUCCAGCAACUGACGGGUGUAAACUUCAUCUUCUACUACGGUACGACAUUCUUCCAACAAGCCCACUUCCAAAACGCAUUCCUCGCUUCCCUCAUCACCACCCUCGUCAACGUCUGCUCCACCUUUCCCGGCAUCUACGGCGUCGAACGAUUUGGACGACGUAAACUCCUCCUCAUCGGUGCAGCCGGUAUGGCGAUUUGCGAAUUCAUCGUGGCGAUUGUGGGGACUGCGACGGGGAUGGGGAGUACGACUGCGAAUGAUGUGUUGAUUGCGUUCGUGUGUGUUUAUAUUUUCUUUUUUGCGAGUACGUGGGGGCCGAUUGCGUGGGUCGUCAUUGGGGAGAUUUUCCCGUUGAAGAUUAGGGCAAAGGGCAUUGCGUUGUCUGCUGCUUCCAACUGGUUAUGGAACUGGGGCAUCGGCUACAUGACCCCCUACCUCGUAAACCCCGGCCCCGGCAACGCCGGCCUCGAGGUCAAAGUCUUCUUCCUCUGGGGCGCAACAUGUACCAUGUGUUUCGUAUUCGCCUACUUUUUCAUCUACGAAACAAAGGGAUUAUCACUCGAGCAGGUCGACGAAUUGUAUGAGAAGAGGACGGCGAGGACGAGUGAGGGGUUUGUGCCGACGGUUGAGUUUGCGAGGCAUGAGGAUGUUGGGGUGGGUGGGGGGAAGGAUGUUGCGGAGAUGGUGGAGUAUGCGGGGAAGGGAGCGCAUGGGAAUGUGCAUGAGAUGGUGUAGUCGCGUCGAGUGGAUGUGAUGUGAGAAGUGGGAAGAGGGGAGGGAGGUGUAUGAUAUUGAGUUGGGUACGGUG